UAGAAUAUAUUUUCUUAUGGCAAGUAAAAAGUCUCCAAGUAAUCUAUCUAAUCGUAAAACAAAAGAAAUUACUUUAACUAAUCCAUCAUCAUCUACACCAAGAGAUACAACUAUACCAUUAUGGCCUGAAUGGAAUGAUCAAGAUGUGAAUAAUGAAAAAUGGGAUUCAUCACAGAAAACUAAAGAAAAGAGCAAAUCAUCAGCUCAAUCAUCAUCAUCAUCUACAUAUUUUAUUGAUCCAGAAUCACAAAUUUUAUAUCCAUCAUCCAUGAUACCAUUUAGUAUGAAAAGACCAAAUGAAUUUAUUACAGAAAAGGCACCUGUUGUAUAUGAUCCAGAAUUUAUAAAUCAUGUUGAUCUACUCUAUUAUAAUGAACAUUUAUUUAAAAAUGAAUUAUUAAGAUGGAUUAUAUGUGACAUACAAAACUUAUGGUUAUCAUGUAGAACACCAAUGCCUGAAUCCAUUCCUCCGACAGAGUUCAAUGAAUCAAAUAUGAUGAUGAAUUUAACUCAUUUAACCAAUUAUAACUAUGAAUGGAAACCAUGGGAACAUAUUUAUGCCAUGACAAAAAUUACUAAAGAUAAUAAUAAUACACCACAAUAUAAUCCUUAUGGAAAAUAUAUUGCUUCUAAUGAUAGUUUGAUAACGGUUCAUUUACGAUUAUCUGUACCAAAUGUUUAUACUCGUUUAUGCAUUAAAAUGGGCAAUAAAGAAAUGAUCUUUGCUGAAGGUUAUGGUGGAGCAUGUAUUUUUGCUUAUAUUAUAUUAGCUGAUACAAUAAUAGAUGACAAAAAUAGUCAAACGUCUAAUUCAGGACGUCUAUUAGAAGUGAAUAAAGGUGACAAUGUCAAAUUAAGUAUAAAAGAUGUAACCAAUACAAAAGUUAUAUUGAAUAAAUUGAAUACUACUAAAGUAUCUCCAAGAAGAUCUGCAUCAGUUAAGAAAAAUAUGAAACCAGGAAGUAGUUCUGGCAGUUCAACUGGUGGUAGUACAGCAGGAAGUGGUCGAGGUUCUAGUAGUAAUAAUAGUGCUAAUAUAGAGCGAUCAAAUCAAUAUGAACAAUUCAAUUCCAGUUCACCACAUUCACAUAGAUCAGAUAGUCAGCAAAUAGAAGGAGAAAAAGAAGAAGAAAGAUAUUAUUGGAUUGAAGCUUAUGUAGAUGGUAAAAAUUGGCCAUUGAGUAUAAGUAAUUGGUCAUUUUUAGAAGACCAGCGUUGUAAUAAACUUGAAGAGUGUCAAGUAAAUAAUACAACUUCUCGAAAUACUUCAGCUGAUAAAAGUUCCGAUAGUAGAACUAUUAAAUCAGCAACAAAAUCACCUGGAAACAAAACAAUUGGUAUAACUGGUCAAAAAUCUGGUUCUACACGUGGUACUUCAGCAAAAAUUGAUUUUAAUCAAGCUCAUUGGAAAAUGAGAAUAAUAUGUAAUAAUUCUAAUGACAUUAAAAUCAUUAAUAUGGAUAAUAAAAUAUUAGAAAUUAAAGCUUUAAAAAGAGCUUGGGAAGAAAUGGAACCUGGUAGAGCAAUAAGAGCUGAAUUAUCAAGAGCACGUUAUCUUGAAGAAUAUGGUCUAAUGAAUAAAUUGGAUAAUAAAACUAAUGUAGAUGAUUCAGGAUCAAUGAUUACUAUUACAUCUGAUGAUAAUCAAAUUCAAACUAUAAAAGAUCAUUCUCCAUUAGAUCACACCUUAUUAUCAGAUCCAUCUAAAAUUUAUAUUUUAAAAUUCCCACCAGAAUUAAAUCCUAUAAAUAUUGAUUAA